CGGGCAGGAGGGCGGCGACCUAGGAGCUUCCGGAAGCCGGGGAGCGGGCACUUCCCGGGCGAGCCUGCAGCCCGCAGCGCGGGGUCGCGCAGACUUUAAGAAACAAUACAUAACGAACAUAUGGAAAAGUGCAGAGAUCCUGAGUCCCGCCAAACCGCUUUUCACAGGCUUGCUUGUGUAACCUGCAUCCAGAACAAUCCCAAACGCACUCCUGGCCAAGUGAAGCAGAGAACAGUCACUCGACCAAGUUUGUACCUUGAUGGCUGUUCCAUGGCUCUGUCCCCUCCUGCCGCUCCCCCGAUGCCUGCUCUCCCAGGGUUAGUUUGGAGGCCUGCGCUAUGGCUUCAUCAUCCUCUGUCCCAGCCUCUCCCGCUCAGUCCAAGAAGCCUCGGGACAAGAUAGCUGACUGGCUCAGGCAGACUCUGUUGAAGAAGCCCAAGAAGAUGCCGGUCUCCCAGGAAAGCCACCCCAGUGAUGGCUCACAGACAGCCACACAGGACGGUCCCCCACCCCCAAGCCGCAGCUCACACCCGAGCCGCAGUUCACCCGCUAGCUGCAGCUCACCUCCUAGCCACAGCUCACCCCAGAGCCGCAGCUCAGGAUUGGCUCCUACCCUGCAACCAACACACAUGGACCCCAGCAGCAGCAGUGGCCGCUGGAGCAAAGACUAUGAUGUCUGCGUAUGCCACAGUGAGGAGGACCUGGAGGCCGCCCAGGCGCUGGUCUCCUACUUGGAGAGUAGUAGCAAGGCCAGCCUGCGCUGCUUUCUGCAGCUUCGGGAUGCAACUCCAGGGGGCGCCAUUGUUUCUGAGCUAUGCCAGGCACUGAGUAGUAGUCACUGCCGCGUGCUACUCAUCACCCCAGGCUUCCUUCGGGACCCCUGGUGCAAGUACCAGAUGCUGCAGGCCCUGACGGAGGCCCCGGGGGCGGAGGGCUGCACCAUCCCCCUGCUAUCCGGCCUGACCAGAGCCGCCUACCCUCCGGAACUUCGAUUCAUGUACUAUGUGGACGGCAGAGGCCAGGAUGGUGGCUUUUACCAAGUCAAGGAGGCUGUCAUACGCUAUCUAGAAACCCUAAGUUGACACUGAAGUUGUCAGGAGAAAAGUCGGAAAUAGCUCACACCAGGUGCUGGAUUCCAGUAGCUAUGGCAGGAGGCUUCAGGAGCCAGAGCCAGCUGCACUCUGCACAGGACACGGGAUCAGAUUGCUUCCAGCUUCCAUUACUGUGGGCUCCAAAAGAAGGCCAGGCAGAAGAUGGGGACCUCCCCCAAGGAGACCAGGAGGAAGAUGGGGACUCCCCAAGAAGGGCAGGAGAAAGCCAGGGACUCCCCCAGGAAGGCAACGAGGAAGUCAUUGAGUUGUCAAGAGAUUGUGAUAUCAGGAGAGUCAGCAAUAUCUUGUCUGCUGCUUCACUGGACAGGAAGCUGACACAUAGCUGUCUUCUUCCCCCCAGAAACAGGCACUGGGGUAAAUGGGUACCAUUCUUCAAGAGGGAUGAACCUGACUGAUGAGCUAUAAGUCAAUGCUCUUCCCAGUUGCCUAGGGAAGCCGGGAAGAGGUGGCGGGUAUCAGGUCCUUCCCACACACUCACACUACUUGUAGCUCCUUCCCAAAGAUGUCAGCCCACUUCACAAAGCCGGAAGAGAGGCACAUCCAGCUCCACACUGGGUUUCACUUACUGACAAAUGUCAUUUGAAAUGCAAACCCAGCCAGGCAGUGGUUCUACCCUAGCAGGGUGCAGGACUCAGCUUCUUCACCUGGACCCUGUGACACAUAGGACCUCCUCAGACAUCUGCUAGAGCCCAUGCUUCGUAGCACCUGUCUAUGUUGAACGGGCAGGAACCAGUGUGUACUCCCAGGGAGAAGCAAGGUGUCACCUGUCUCUGUUGAACGGGCAGGAACCAGUGUGUACUCUCAGGGGGAAGCAAGGUGUCACCUGUCUCUGUUGAACGGGCAGGAACCAGUGUGUACUCCCAGGGAGAAGCAAGGUGUCACCUGUCUCUGUUGAACGGGCAGGAACCAGUGUGUACUCCCAGGGAGAAGCAAGGUGUCACCUGUAUUCUCAGUAAGAACAGAAACGUGGUCAGCUGCCAUUGUCUUCCCUGGUCCUUUCACCAUGUCCCCUUACUGAAAACAAAUUAUUUUUAAAUUAUGAUAUUUUUUGUUACAUACAAAAUAUUCUAAAGGAUACGAUACCAUACUCAUGCACCUACCACCUUGUUAUAUAAAAUACAAUACAACGAUAUUCCUAACAUGCUUGUUUUCUUUGUGUUCUGAAUUCCAGGCCCCUCAUGUUUCCUAACAAAAAUAACCAAUAUUCUGAAUUUUGAACUUGUUUUGAGCUUUUCUGUAUGAAAUUUCUGUAGAUAUAUGCAUCCCAGCAAAACGUUAUUUAUUUUUAUGACUUUAUCUUUUAUGUGAAUUGCAUCACAGUGCAUUUCCCUUUGUGUGACAUGUUUGUGAGGUAUGUCCAUGUAUUGUGUCACUCGUGAGUUUCCUUUUGUUUUAGGUCAGCGUUCUCAGCCUGUGGGUCAAACAGCCCUUUCACAGGGGUCUCAUGUCAGAUAUUCCGCAUGUCACAUAUUCAUGAUUCAUAACAGGAGCAAAAUUACAGUUAUGAAGUAGCAAUGAAAAUAAUUCUAUGGUUGGGGGUCGCUGCACCAAUGAGGAACUGUAUUAAAGGGUCACAGCAUUAAGAAGGUUGAGAACCACGGCUCUAAGAUCACUUUAAAGCAAAUUCCAGGUGCUUUCCCCCUAAACAUUGAGUUACAUACCUCUAAACCAUGAGGGCUUUUUUUUUUAAGCACGAUAAAGUUACAUUUUCACCUUAAUAUAAAAUGCUGUUAUGAA